AUGGAACAGCUGCUCAAGCCGCGCCUGCAGCUCCGUCUCGGUGAGACGCAGCACACGUUGCGCGACGUACGCGUCGUGGCGCGCCUCCUGGCAGACGACGAGGAUGUCGCCGGCGUCGGCGAUCACCCACGCAGGGCUCGUGCAGCUGCUCUCCUGCGAGCGGCUCAGGCACCGCAGGCGGUUCUCGAGGUCGUAGCACUGCAGCGUGAACUUCUCAGCCCGCGUGUCGCUCUGCGUUAG